AUGUCUUGUCACAACUGCUCCACCAACUACAGCUUGGGAUCCCUCAGCAAUCCCUGCCAUCUUCCGCUCACGUCCUCCAUCACCCUCUGUUCCACGGGCGUGAGCUGUGGCGAUGUCCUCUGCUUGCCCAGUAACUGUCAAGGCCAUCUCCGGCCUCUGGACAACUGCCAAGAGGCCUGCAAUGAACCAACCAGCGGCCAGCCAGCCCCCCAGGAGCCCAGCAACUUCGAAACUUCUUGCUGCCCUUCUACUACUUACUACGUGUCCAGACCCUGCCAAGGAACCACUUUUCUUCCUGCCGGUUCUUACGUCUCUGGCUCCUGUGUCCCCAUCUCCUACAGGCCUCUGAGCUAUGUGUCCAGCAGCUGCCGACCCCUCAGCCUCCCUACUUACGGAUGCCGCCCCUUGAGCUGUUUGCCCUGCAAUCCUCAAUCGCUUCACGUUGUGCCAAGUGGCCUCAGACCUCUGCGUCCUCUCCUCGGUGGGUGCCAACCUCUGACCCACGUGUACAGCACCUGCCGUCCAUCCUGCUCUGCGCUGGGAGGCCAGUAG